AUGAUCGCUGUUGUACAUUAAUCUUCCACUAGACACGAUGGGACUGAAAGGUGUCCUGACUCCUUUGGAAAAGUGUUGCGUCUGGUUGCUGAUGGUUUGUGGAUUGAUACCGUUUCGUUUGAACACAUCGGAAAAUCGGUUUGUGUUAAGUACCGCCCAUUAUUGGGGCAGUGUGCUGGGCACUGUGGCCUAUGUCAUCGCAUCACCAUGGCUUUUUUGGAUUCCGAUUAGCAGAGUAGAACAUCCUAGUACCCCGCUAAACUACUAUAUGAUGGUGAUACAGUUCCUGUUUAUGUACAUUGUUGUAACAAUGUCACGUUUAAAGGCUCUAGUCAAUCGGAGAAAGCUUUGCCAGUUACUAAACGCACUGUUGGCUCUUCGCGAACAGACCCUGCAGGGCUCUUCAGAAGCAUCGUUCGCCCCGACACUGGUCCGCAAGCUGUUCGUGAAGCUGAUAGUGUUCGAUCUUGGGAUGAUGAUAUUGUGUGCAUCUUUCUUUCGAAUGUAUCUGAAUUUGAAAUUAUCGUUUUUAUAUUCAUUCAUUGGCUUCCUUAAUCUGCUGCUGGUGAGCAGCAUGAACGUUGCCAUUAACUUUCUUCUGUUUGUGCUGUAUAAUGCUAUCAACAUCUACAUGCUCAUCAAUGCCCGUUGCACAGAUCUGGUGUAUGGUGGGUCUAAUGCCGCAAAAGCGACCGUACGCCUGUAUCUGAUGCACACGGAGACGACCCUGAUCGUACAAAGCAUCGUGGAGGUCAUAAGCAUGCCGGUACUACUGUUGAGUAUCUGGUUUUUUUUCAUCAUCGUAUUUUCGGUUUUCUACACGUACACGAGCCUUGUGCAGGAUCUUCAAAUGGGCUCAAUGGAUGCGUUACGGAACGUAAUAAAUCCAAUUGCGUUCUUCAUCAGUGAGGUAGCACAGGUUUACUUUCUGGUAUCAGCUUCGGCUACGUUUACGGGCAGUGCGCAAAAAAUCAUUUCGUGUGUGAGCCUGUACACUGGACGAGUUUCGGACGGUCCAGGAGAUCAAGCGAUCGAGCUGCUCACCAUUGAGCACUUAAACCGGGACUAUGCGAUACGGAUAAAAGGACUGUUUGCUGUAGACAAUACGAUGCUAUUCUCCAUUGUCGCCACCACUACCAGCUACAUGAUUAUUUUAGUGCAAUAUUAUCUCCAGGAAUGA